UAGUCCACGCAAGUUACCUCGGAGAUCAAGGAGUCGUAGCCCAAGAAGGCCCAUUAAAGGAAGAAGCAAUAGCAACAGCAGCCGCAGUAGUUCGCCGCUGCCUUCCCUCCUCCCAAAAGAAUCUGAGUUAUGUAUGAUGUAAUGUCGACUAUGAGAACAAGAUAUUGUGGCUGUAAUAUGCUCUUUAUCUCAGUUAUGUUGGAGAUGGUGUGAAAGAUAUACACAACAAAACCGACCACAGUGCCACCCAGCUUAAACCCUAAUCCUAAACCCCAGAGAAACCAAACCACUUCUUCUUCAACCGUCGUCUCCGAUUGAAGUCCCGGCAAGCAAAACCGAAGAUGGCCAGGUGGGACGAGAUUCUAUCCCUUCCUGUACAGAAUCCUCCAACCUUGGAAUUUUCUGCUGCUGACCUCGUGUGGUCAAAGGUGGAAGGUUGGCGUGACAAAAUCGACAGAGUGGCUCUAAUCCCCUUUGCUAGAGUGAAUGAUUUUGUAAAGGGUGAAUCAGAAAAUAAAGACUGUCCAUCAAGAUUUCAUGUUGAAGCAAGGCGACGACGACGUCCAGAGAUGACAUGCAAGCCAAAGGUUGAUGGCAUUCUUGAAUAUAUUCUGUAUUGGUGUUCCUUUGGUCCUGAUGACCACCGUAAGGGUGGCAUUGUACGACCUAGUAGGACAACUUAUGUCCCAAAGAAGAAAAAUGCUGGCCGACCAAAUACUAAGAGAGGAUGCACAUGCCACUUUAUCGUGAAGCGCUUAAUUGCUGAACCAUCAGUAGCACUAAUCAUAUAUACUGAAGAUAAGCAUGUAGAUAAGAAGGGGUUGCCAUGCCAUGGUCCACAGGAUACUAAGGCUGCUGGAACGCGUGCUAUGUUUGCUCCAUACAUAUCAGAGGAUCUCCGUUUGCGGGUCUUAUCUCUACUACAUGUUGGGGUUUCUGUGGAGACAAUAAUGCAAAGACACAGUGAAUCGGUAGUAAGACAAGGUGGACCAAGUAACCGUGAUGACCAGUUAAGCCACCGGUAUGUUCGAAGACAGGAGAGGAGCAUCCGACGUUCUACAUAUGAACUUGAUGCAGAUGAUGCAGUCAGCAUUGGCAUGUGGGUUGCAAGCCAUCAGAAUCAUGUUUUCUUUUAUGAAGAUUUCUCUGAUUCAGAGCCUUUCACUUUGGGAAUUCAAACAGAGUGGCAGUUGCAGCAAAUGAUUCAGUUUGGCAAUUGCAGCCUUCUGGCUUCUGAUUCAAGGUUCGGAACAAACAAAUUGAAGUAUCCGAUUCACAGUCUUGUUGUAUUCAACUCGGACAACAAGGCAAUCCCUGUAGCUUGGAUUAUAGCACCCAGGUUUGCAAGUUCAGAUGUGCAUAGAUGGAUGAGGGCUCUUUACAAUAGAGUUCGCACAAAAGAUCCUACUUGGAAAUUGGCUGGGUUCAUUGUGGAUGAUCCUCUAGUUGAUGUCCUUACAAUCAGGGAUGUGUUUGAGUGCUCUGUACUGAUAUGCUUCUGGCGGGUCCGUCAUGCGUGGCAUAAAAACAUGGUAAAGAAAUGUUUGGAAACUAAGAUGCAAGUCGAGAUAUCAAGACAGCUUGAGCAGGCAGUGGAUAACAUCUGCCGAGGACAAGGAACUGUUAAUUUGUUUGAGGAUUUAUUGGAAGAUUUUAUUGAUGAGUCAGAUUUUAUGGAUUACUUUAAGGCGAUAUGGUAUCCUAGAAUAGGAGCAUGGACUGCGGCACUAAAAUCUCUUCCACUUGCGAGCCAGGAGACAUGUGCAGCAAUGGAGUUUUACCACAGCCAGAUGAAGCUUAGGUUGUUGAAUGAGAAGGACCCUGGUGUUUAUCAACGUGCUGAUUGGUUGGUUGAUAAGUUGGGUACAAAAGUGCAUUCUUACUUCUGGCUUGAUGAGUACUCGGGGAAGGAUGAUUUUGCACGAUAUUGGAAAGAUGAGUGGAGGAGUGGUUUAACAUCUUGGCGCAAAGCAUUGAAGAUUCCAGACUCUGAUGUUGUCAUACAAGGUGGAUGUGCAAAAGUUGCCGACCAGCUUGUUAAGGAUAAAGUAUAUGUUGUCUGGAAUCCUGGUUCACAGUUUGGUAUUUGCAAUUGCACUUGGGCAGAAAUGGGCAAUGUGUGUGAGCAUAUGUUCAAAGUUAUUAAUCUUUGCCGUAAACGAGGAUCUACUAUGCCAUCUAUCAGCAUAUUCCAGUACCACAAGGCAUUGAUCGACAUGCUACACUGCCAACCCCAUGAUUCUUUGAUUCGUGAUCAUGCUAUUUCUUUAGCAGUUUGUGUACAGAAGCAGUUGAAUGUACUUGUUGAUUUAGAUGGCAGUCAGACUGCUUUAGAUCCCAUUCAGAGUCAAACCGUAGAUAACAUCGAGCAAGAAACUGUUGAGAUGGCUCUUACUAACCAAGAUACUGAAUUAGUAAAUGAAAGUAACUGCAUGAACGAGGAUGUAUCAGCUCAUGAUGAGAAUUGUGGGGAUGUAAAUGAUGCUCCUCACAUUAUUAGCAGUGAUGUGUGUGAUGAACUGAAUGAUUUGGCUACUAGUGGAAAUCGCAUCUCUGGUGAGAAUGUUGGAGAAGAAAUUCAUUGUGCCGAGAUGGAUGUUGAGCCAUCGUCCAUCUGUAUUUCCCCACCUGGACUAUAUUCUGUUGAUGAGGUUGUUGCAAGCAAUGCCUUUUCCGAGAAUGGAGACAGAGAUUUGGACAAUACAAGAAGCAAGCAUCUCCCGUCCAGAGUUGAUUCCAGUGAUGUAAAUGGGUUUCAAGAUAAAGAUUGCGAUGAAAAUAUGAUGGAUGUGGAGCCACUAUCCAUUGAUUUUCCUCCGUCAACUAGGGAGUUUCUGGAGCAAUGCACAGUGACCCAUCAAGAUGGUCUUGCGGAUAAUGAUCUUGAGCCUACAGUUUCCAAUACUUCUGAUUCUGAAACCAAAACCUCCUCAACUAUAUCCUUGCCUGUUGAGUCACAAGUGGUUGUUGAUAUGAUUGAAAUUUCUGGUGUCAUCAAGGAGAAUGAAGGAAUGGAAUUGAAAAGUGGGAAUGACAGCAUGGAUGAGAACCUACUCUCUGCAGAUAAUGGUGUCCAAGAUGAUGGUGUUCAUGAUAACAUUUCAGAUGAUUCUGGUAAUGGUCAUGAUGCAAAGGUAGUUGACAGCAUGAUGACUGAAUAGUCAGAGUUGCUGCUAAGAUGCUUAUGGACAGCACGGAUUUCAGCUCAUGAAUCUGGUUUUUGUGAGAAACCCUUUUUAAUUGCCGGCUCUUUUUAGAUUAGGUGUAAAUCUCAAAAGGCAAUGGAGACUCUGAAAUGAGGUUAUUUGCCAGCAAUUAGUUGUUACUGGUGUCAAUGGCACUGCUGGAGAGAACUAUUUCAUGGGGGACUUGGUGCAUGCCUCUCCGGCAAGUACAAACGCUACGGGGAUGCUGUUGUUGCAGUUAGUAAUGGCUGAAAUUGGUGCUCCAUCUCACCCAUUUUCUUCAUGUAAAUAUUUGUCAAUCCAUCCAGUUGUUUCAAUUUUUCUGA